AUGAAUUCCUUGGAGUUUGGACAGUAUUUUGAGAAUUUGAAAAUGUCUCUGCCGAACGGUGUUGAUGUAUCCCAACUAGUGCAGCACCCAGUUUUGGCGGCUUUGCCGCCGUUUUUUCUCAGAGCUUCCGAAAGAUAUCAGAGAACACCAAAAUGCGCACGGUGUCGCAACCACGGCGUGGUGUCCGCCCUCAAGGGUCACAAGAGGUAUUGCCGCUGGCGUGACUGUGUCUGUGCGAAGUGUACACUCAUAGCCGAGAGACAACGUGUUAUGGCUGCACAGGUUGCAUUGCGCCGCCAACAAGCUCAAGAAGAGAACGAAGCUCGGGAACUGAACAUGCUGUAUGCGGGACAGCCAUCCGCUGCACCGCACUUUCCUGAAAUGCCCGAUGAUCAACCGAUUCACAAACGUGCUCGUAUCACGGAAGUCUGCUCGAGUCCAUCGCCACCAGAGGUACCUUCAGAAUCAAAAACACCCGUACAAACACCACCGCUCUCCACCCCACCACCACGCUCACCUUCCGACCACGAACUAAAUGUUGAAGAGGAACUAGACCAUUCUGAACCCUCACUUACACCAGAAAACCUUUCUAUGAAAGAGCGACAAGACGAUGUCAAAAAAGAAGACGAGGAGAAAUGGGAAAAUCAAAAUUUCAAAUAUCGACGCGGAAAACCAGAAGGACAUAUGCCAGAACCCAUAGAUGAUCCAGCUCCCUUCCAGAAAUCUCCAGUCGAUGUUCUCAUUAAAGUUUUUCCUAGACGCAGCCGUCAAGAAAUCGAGGCCAUACUCACGAGAUGCAAAGGAGAUGUUGUAGCAGCCAUGGAAAUGAUGAUAAAUGGACCCGAGCAAUCCUACAAUUUAACUCCCGAUUCUCCGUAUCUGCAGAAUUAUCAAUCGAAAUCCGCCUUUUCUCCAUUAUCCAAUCAAAGUUUUAAAUUUUCACCAUCCAGGAGAUUUCUUACGCCUCCCUACAGUGGGACAGGUUACUUACCAACUGUGAUACGCCCUCCUCCAGAAUAUUUAUCGAACUUUCUGCCUCCUUCUGAACUCAUGUACGGUCGGCAACUGCAGGUCCCUUCACCUGGAACCUCUCCUACAUCUGACAAUACAAAUAAUGAAGGGUUUUCUGAUUAG